AUGUCCUCUCAAGAUUACAUCCCCGCCGACCAAAUCGACUCCACCUUCGCACACACCACCAACCUCGCCUCCUCCGCCCUGAACAGCACCAUCCUCUCCUGCUCCAACGAAUACUUCGCCGCCGCCUCCAACCUCCUCACCCCCACACCACCCAUCAACCGCCCGGGCGUCUUCGUCCACACCGGAGCCUGGUACGACGGAUGGGAAACCCGCCGUCACAACCCAGCCCCCUACGACUGGGCCGUGAUCAAGCUGGGCGUGUCCAGCGCGCACAUCUACGGCGUCGAAGUCAACACGGGGUACUUCAUCGGCAACUACGGUGAGAAGGCCUCCCUGCAAGCAACCUACGCGCCCAACACGCCGGAUUCUGAAGUCGCGGACGAGAAGUACGCGAACUGGACGACGAUUCUCCCGCCCGUGGAAUGCGGGCCGUCGCAGCGGCGUGCGUGGAAGCUGGAUCCCGAGGUGCAUGGCAAGGCGUUUACGCAUGUGCGGCUGCUGAUGUACCCCGAUGGUGGGUUUGGGCGGUUGAGGGUGUAUGGGAAGGCCAUUCCGGGGGAUGUUAAGGUUGAGGGAGGUGAAGAGGAAUUGAGCUCUGCGUUGGUGGGCGGUGUGGCGCUUGCGGCGUCGGAUCAGCAUUUCACUCCGUGUUCGAAUUUGUUGUUGCCCGGUCGGGGUAAGGAUAUGGGGGAUGGAUGGGAGACGGCGAGGUCGAGGGCGAAGGGUCAUGUUGAUUGGGCCAUUGUGAAGUUGGGGUUGGUGGGGAGUGUGAGUCGGGUGGUGGUGGAUACGAAGGAUUUUAGGGGUAAUUUCCCUAGGGAGGUGCGCGUGCAUGGGCUGGUGGAGGGGAGUGUUAAGGAUGGGGAGGAGCCGAAGCAUGAUCAUCCCGGUUGGGUCGAGUUGGUGAAGGGCGAUAGGCCUUGUCGGGCGGAUACGGAACAUGUCUUUGAGGGUCAGGAUUUGGCGGCUGGUGGGGAGGAUACGAGGGCGUUUACGCAUGCUAAGUUGACGUUGGUGCCGGAUGGAGGUGUUAAGCGGUUCAGGGUGUUUGGAAAGCGUAAGGCUGUUGCUGCUUAG